AUGGCCCGGGUGCACCUGGUGGAUCCGGGCACCUGCGUGCUGGGCAAUGCGACGCUGGGGCCGGCGCUGCGCCAGCGGGUGUUGGAGCUCCUCCGGGACCCGGACCGCAGCCCGAACAUCCGCCUGCAUCUCGGCAGCCGCGUGGUCCGGGUCCUUGGUCCGGGCGAGGCCGACAGCGGCCCGGGGCCCGGCGGAUGUUCGGGCCCGCCUCCGGCCAGCGGUGCGGGGGAUGGAGAUCGCCCGGGGGCCCGGGCGGACCAGGCCAUCCGGGUGGUGCUGCGUCCGGCGAGUGCACGCGAUGCGAUCGCGGCCGGGGCCGAGCAAGCUGCGGAGCGGCAUCUGGCAUGCGGGCUGCUGAUCUGGGCCGCCGGCAACCAGCCCGCGGAGCUGGUCCAUUCGUUGGACCGCUGUUUCCGGCGUGAGCCGCGAACUGGGCGUCUGCUGGUGGACGGCUUCCUGCGAGCCGUUAUGGAGCCGGGCGACGCCGAGGGCGACAGCAUGGCCCCGGCGGUGGAUGCCAGUGGCGAGGUCAUGGCCGGCGGGCAUACGGUCGACCGGGGGAUCUUCGUGGCCGGCGACAGCGCGGCCCCCUUGGACCCGGCGGCCGGGCCUUGGCCCAUGUCCGCCCAGCUGGCCAAGCACCAUGGGGUCUACCUUGGGCAAGUGUUCUCCUCGUACGCCCGGCGGCCGGGCCCCUUCCGGUAUGUGCAUCGGGGCUUCCUGUGCGGGCUCGGCACCCGGCGCGGGCCCUGCCAGGAGGCGGUGGUGGAUUUUGUCACGGUGCCGGGGUCGGUGGUGGCCGGCGGCGACGCGGGUUCCGGCGCCAUGGCCAGCCCGCCGGCCGUCCCCGGGCCGCAUCCCCCGGCCGACAUGGCAUCUGGUGGCAGCCUCCCGGCGGAAAUGGCGCCCAGUGGGGCCUGCCCGGCAGCGGCGGCGAGGCCCCCCACGGGCCGGCUGCCGAUCGGCAUGCUGGCCGGCCGGCUGGCCGCCUGGGUCUGGUGCUUGGCCUAUCCGGCCAUGGCGGCCGGCUUCAACCUCGGCUUCGGCCUGCGGGUGGCGGUCGAUCUCCUUCGAGGGAUGGUCGGCAAGUCGCACGACAUGGACCGGUAG